CUAUAUUUUUUAUUAAGUCCUGGUUCUGGUUUGUGUUGGUCUAGAAAAACCACUUUUCGUUCCAAUUUAAAACAGGAACAAAUUGGGAUGGCGGUUAAAGGAAGAAAAGACCGUCAAACAAAUAGUAAAAAAUCAUCUAAUAAUGAGAAACAUGAAGUAACUCUUGAUGCUAGUAGAAACGAGCAAUUUUCCUCGCAAAAUGGCGCUAGCUCUGUAUUUCCGGAAGAGAAAAAGGACGAAAACAGCAACAAAUGUGAAAAGGUGGAAAACGAAGCAAGCGCCGAGUCAGAAGAAGACAGUUGCGACGAUAAUGUAAAAUCCAAUGAGAAUCAAAAUGACUGGGCAGAGGACGAAAAUCCGGCCGCGGAAAGUUCUAAUAAGAAAAUUCUGAAAGAAGCAAAAGUAACAGUUGUUUUAAACAGUUUUAUCUGCUCUCGCUUAAUUGAUUGAAAUUACUGAACUUAUUUCGUCCAAUGAUUGUAUCUGAAUUAUUUUGUACCUAUUCAUCUAUUUUCAUUGGAAAUGCACCGGUCGGCAUAAAAGUGGAAAAGAUUAAGGCUCAUUUCUUGAAGUAUGGAAAAAUAAAAAAAUGUACCGUUAUCAAGGACAUAAAUGCCAACAGCCACUUCCGCAAAACCUAUCCCCACAUUUCCACCAUAAUCUAUAUUGACUUUAUUGACGUUGAAGCGGCUCGGAACGCGUGCCAAGAAAAUCAAAAAAUCUUUGAAGGAAAACGCCUUCGUGUUAGUUUGGCUCGGGAGCGUAAGCCAAUCAAUAAGGAAGCAACGCUGUUUGUUGGCAAUCUUAAGUAUUCAACCAGUGAAGAGCAACUGUUCGAUGAAUUCGUUGAAUUUGGCGAGAUCGAUAUGGUAAGAAUAAUAGCCGGCAAGGGAUUCGGAUUUGUUCACUUUGCGGAUCCGGCCUCCGUGGACAAGGCCGCCGUGAAGAAUAAGAUUAAAUUCAACGGACGCGAGAUUCACGUUGAACGUUCGAGGCCACCCAUUCAGAAGGAAUCCAGCGAGCAGGAAAGCAUCGACAGAGCAAUCGCUAGCCAAAAUCUGUUGAAGAAACAGCAAGCUCCGGGGGGCUACCUGAACUAUCGGCGGAACCAAACGCGAAAUCAGCUUGCACUGGAGCUGCUGGAACGGGUAAUCAACGUGCAGUGUAGGCGGCCCAAGAGCGGAAUAAAAUUCUAAAACUGGGCUUUUGAAUUCUAUAUAAAACAAGUAAAGGUCAUUGUCAUGUGUUAUUUAAGAGACUUGAAUCAAGGAUGUUCCACUAUGAUCUCACACACUCUGUUACUCAACAGAUCUAAACACGUUCUUUAUGCUAUGCUUAAAAUAAAACUUGUACAAGUAACGUAA